AUGGGAAGAGGCCCGUCACCCAAACGGAAGAAGAGCCCUUCCUUCUUCAAGCUCUUCCUCGGUGACUUCCCUACCAAACUCAAGGUACCACUGGCUUUCGUCAAGAACUUCAGAGGGACGCUCCCCAACAGGAUCUGCGUGAAAUCCGACGACUUGGAAUCAGCAAUUUCAUGGAGAGUGAAGUUGCGGAAGAAUGGAACUGACUGCUACUUGACUAAUGGGUGGGAAAAGAUCGUGAGAGACUUGAAACUGAAACUCGGAGAUUUAUUGAUUUUCAAGCUCGUGUCUGAGGAAGCUCUCGAGGUUGUCGUGUACGACCCGACUUGCUGUGAGAAAGAGAUUGAAGAAGCUGGGAGAAAGCCUGCUGCUCGUUCUCCUACCGGUCCUUCAUCGUCAUCUGCUAGGAGUCUCCUUCCUUACAAGAGGACUCUUACGAAGCAUGAGACUAAUUACUUCUCUCUACCUGUGGCAGUUGCUACGGCAGCGGAGCAAUGGAGCAAGGAGAGCGCCGUGAUUAGAGGCCCUGAUGGUCGUAAAUGGCAUGUAGCCAUGAAACAGCAAACCAAGGGUUAUCGUAGACUCAGGUUUUCACGUGGGUGGAGCAAAUUCAUCAGGGACAAUAGCCUCUUGCCAGAAGACACUCUUUGUCUCGACUUCAAGGGAGGAAAAAAUAAUCUGAUCAAGACACAAAUUAGUAGGGCUCGACACACAGCUAGGCGUUAA